AUGGCAGAUGAGUUUGUGUCGGACGCGGAGAAGGGGAAGAUUGCAGCCGAAUUGAUACAGGAAGCGCCUCCAGGCGAGUUCAAUGAAGUCUGGAACGAUGUGCGAGUUUUGUUGAACAAUGACGACUCGUUGAUGACCAGUUGUUCUCGGGCAGCUGCGCAAUAUCACAAAGACCAGUUGUUGCCAGUGACUUUGGAGGUUGACCAACCUAAAGUGGGUUUAUAUUGAUGUUAUUUUAAAGUUUAGAGGUUUUAAAAUAAGCGACUUUAAUGAUGAAGGACAAAAACGCUAAAAAUAUUAUGGUUUAUAUGUUGUUAUAGACAUUAAUCAGUUAAAAAUCUAGUAAAAAGCUAAAAUCUGCGUAAAACGAGCUACUUUUUUGUUGUUUUAGCCGCAGAACGUGCAAGUACGAGUUAUUUUGUAUAUAUAUUUGUUGUUUUAGACAUUGCUCACAAAUUACAAUGAAAUCUCUGAAGGAAGAUUUUUUGAUCCGAAUUCUAAACAAUCGUUUAAAUUUGAUUUUCUAUCAAAAGUUGUAUCUGAUGUUCAGCCAUAUGAACAGCCGAAUGUUGAAGAGAAGCUGGAGACCUUUAGAAAGGCUGUCCAGACAGUAAGUUUUGAUAUUGUAGUAGAUAGUGUAUUGUAUUCGAUGUUUUUGUAGAUUUAUAUUUGGAAAAUGCUAUGUUUUUUGUUUUUUAAUAUAAGCCUGAAUGGGGAUGUUAGAAUUGGCGUGUUUUUUUUGAUUUUGUUACCUAAAAAAAUAAUUUUCCCUUUAGGAGCUGAACCAUUACAUUCAAGAACACUACCACAACAUUGGUACAGGUGUAGUCUUCAUAUUCAAUGGUCAUUUGGCUAUUGCUAUUGAGUCGCACAUUUUCCAAGCCAAGAACUUCUGGAACGGUCGUUGGCGUUCUCAGUGGGAAGUCCCAUCAUUGACUUCGAAGCAAGGUACUGCGGAAGUGAAUGGUAUUGCCAAGAUCAAUGUACAUUACUAUGAAGAUGGAAAUGUUCAGUUGUCGACCAAGAAAAACUUGAAGGGAGAAGCCAAAUACUCGGCUAAUACUAAUGAUAGUGCUAAGAAUGUGAUUAACGCUAUACAUAAGGCUGAGACUGAGUUUGAGGUGGGUUAUUUUGGUAUUUUUGUUUUAAUGAGGGUCAGGCGGGUGAUUUUUAUGAUAAGAAUGAUGAAGUAGGGUUAGAACAAAAAAUUUUGUUACCUAAAUUUAAAAAAAUGUUGUUAUUUUUAAAAAUUUAGAGCUCAGUACUUCAAAAUUACACUGUGAUGUCGGACAGCACGUUCAAGACGUUGCGACGAAAACUACCGAUCACUCGUUCCAAGUUCGACUGGAACAACGCCCAAAGCUAUCGCCUUGCCCAGGACAUGAACCGGAACUAA